AAGUGUAUAAUCUAUGUUGUUAUAUGAUACUUGUCAAUUUAUUAAAUAAUGCGCUGUAUUGCGCUGUGUAAUGUGUAGAUUGAAAUUAAAAUCUGAAUACAAUUUAAAUUAUUAGAUUUUUGCAAAAGUCAUAGAACUAUGAUAAUUGAAUAGGUUGUCUAAUGAGAUUGCCAAAGAUGCAGUUGACUUAUAGAAAAUUAUUACAGAGCAGCUUAAUAUUAAGGCAAAUUGCUUAUGUCCCUUCUUACAAACCUCCAAAUGAGAAAGAUUUUGAUAAUCUUUUGAAAUUUUUGCACCAGCAUAAUAAAAUUUUAAUUUUAACGGGUGCUGGUAUAUCUACAGAAUCUGGUAUACCUGACUAUAGAUCUGAAGAGGUGGGAUUGUAUGCGCGAACCAAUCACAAACCAAUACAAUAUCAGGAGUUUGUUAGAUAUCCAAAAGUAAGACAAAGGUACUGGGCUAGGAAUUUUGUUGGAUGGCCAAGAUUUAGUUCUAUACAACCAAACAGUACUCAUUAUGCCAUCAGAGAUUUGGAAAAGGCAAGUAAAGUAACAUCAAUUGUAACACAAAAUGUGGACCGACUACAUCAUAAAGCUGGCUCUGAUAAUGUAAUUGAACUUCAUGGCACAGGGUAUAUAGUGAAAUGUUUACAUUGCCCAUAUGAAAUAGAUAGGUUCAAAUUGCAAGAGGAAUUGUUAAAGAACAACCCAGCUAUGGAAAGCAGUUUCAGCAUGAUAAGGCCUGAUGGAGAUGUUGAACUUUCUAAGGAACAAGUAGAUAGUUUCCGCACACCUCUUUGCCCUAAAUGUGAAGGACCAUUAAAGCCAGAUAUUGUGUUUUUUGGAGACAAUGUGCCAAAAGCCAGGGUGGAAAAGGUUAAAAGUGAAGUAACUAACAGUGAUGCUAUAUUUGUGCUCGGUUCAAGUUUGACUGUGUACUCUAGUUAUAGAAUUAUACUACAAGCCAAGGAUGAAGGGAAGAAGAUAGCUGUUCUCAACAUUGGACCUACACGUGCAGAUGAUAUUGUUGAUAUUAAAGUCUCUACAAAGUGUGGAGAUAUAUUGACCGAGCUUUGCAAUAAUGUUUGUUCUUGACAUAUCUUUUAUAAUGAGAUUUUAGGAAAUAAAUUUUAUCAGGAUACACACGCAAUGUUACCUCAUAUAGAACAUAAGAAUAAAAUGUAAUCGUUGAAUAAAAAAAUGAUGGCAUU